AUGCAGCGAGUUGCAGUAUUACAUCUAGAGGAAAGGUGUCAACGAGCAAUUGAAUGGGCAUUGAAGAUUGAGCCUUCUAUCAAACAUCUGGUAGUCUCUGGAGGCGUUGCAUCAAACAAGUAUGUUAGGGCUCGACUUGAUCAGGUUGUUAGAAAGAACAGCCUGCAACUAGUGUGUCCUCCUCCUAGCCUUUGUACUGACAAUGGUGUAAUGGUGGCAUGGACUGGCAUUGAGCACUUUUGUGUGGGAAGAUACGAUCCUCCACCCCCUGUCAUUGAGCCUGAAGAUUUUGUGUAUGAUUUGCGGCCAAGGUGGCCACUGGGGGAGGAAUAUGCUGAAGGAAGAAGUGAAGCUCGCUCCUUAAGGACGGCUAGGAUUCAUCCAUCUCUUACAUCUCUUAUCCAAGCAUCUAUGCAACAACAAUUGUAG